AGGUGACCAAAGCCACAUAAUGUCCGUAGUUCAUUCAUCCAUCCAUGCCAAGUGGAUCGUGGGGAAGGUGAUUGGGACAAAAAUGCAAAAGACUGCUAAAGUGAGAGUGACCAGGCUUGUUCUGGAUCCCUAUUUAUUAAAGUAUUACAAUAAGCGGAAAACCUACUUUGCUCACGACGCUCUUCAGCAGUGCACAGUUGGGGAUACUGUGCUUCUCAGAGCUUUACCUGUUCCACAAACAAAGCAUGUGAAACAUGAACUGGCCGAGAUUGUUUUCAAAGUUGGAAAAAUCAUAAAUCCAGUGACAGGAAAGCCCUGUGCAGGAAUUACCUACAUAGAGAGUCCAUUGAGUUCGGAAACCACCCAGCUAAGCAAAAAUCUGGAAGACCUCAGUAUCUCUUCAGCACAGUGGAGGGGGAGUGGAAGAAGGUGCUAAAGGGAAAGAUUGACAUGUUUAUGUUAUGGAAAAAGAAAUUUUUCUAAGUUGCAUCGCAAACUGUGUCCAGUUUAUCUGUGAUGUUUAUGAAAUAGCUAAAAGCAAAUGAAGGGCAUAUUAUGGUUUUUCAUUAAAAAAAAAAAAAAGAACAACUGACCAACUAUGCCUGCCAAUGUAUAAACAAAGUGAG